CAAGUGGGCUGUGGGUGGACUUGUUGUGAGCCUUCGAAUCAAUCUACUGUCAAGCUUCCUUAGCACAUGGAAAGUUUACAUACGGUAUUUGGUCGAGGAAAAGUUUGCCGGAAGGCCCACAAAAAGAAUACUGGUCCUCAGGUCCGAACCAAACCCAGAUUCCCUGGGUCGUUGUUUAGCGUAGGCGGGAAGCCUCUCUCUCUGGGUAUAAAAGGACGUAGGCGGGAAGAAGCCGUGCAUUUCUCCAGUUUGCGCGCUGAUGGCUCGUAACAAGGAAGCUUUGGUUUUGUUGCUUGAUGUUAGUCCAUCGAUGCAUAGUGUGCUUCCUGAUGUUGAGAAAAUCUGCCUACUUCUUUUGCAAAAGAAGCUUGUUUACAACAAGAAUGAUGAGGUUGGUGUCAUCGUUUUUGGCACUGAAGAUACUUGCAACGAGCUAGAAAAAGAAGUGGGUGGAUAUGAGCAUGUGGUGGUUCUAAAGACUAUAAAGGUUGUUGAUGACGAUGCAUUGGAGGUAUUGCAGAAACUCCCAAGAGGAGCCACUUCUGGUGAUUUUCUGGACGCUAUUGUUGUUGGAAUGGAUAUGCUCAUAAAGAAAUUUGGACCCACAAACAAGGGCAAGCAACGGUUAUGCUUGAUUACUGGUGCACAAUACCCCAUUAAAGAGCCAUAUGAAGGAACCAAAGCAGAUCAGAUCGAUACCAUAUCUACCCAAAUGAAAGCACAUGGAAUGAGAUUGGAUUGUAUAGUAGUGCGAGACAGACAAGCCGGAACUGCAAAUCGAAGAACAUUAGAGGAGAAUGAUCUUCUUUUGCAACGAUUCUCAAAGAAAGCAUGUGCACGAACGGUAUUUGUUGAAAGUUCAACUUCAUUAUUAGGUGCUUUGAGGACCAGAAAUAUAUUACCUGUCACAAUAUUCAGAGGAGAAAUUGAAAUAAGCCCAAGGAUGAGCAUCAAGGUGUGGGUUUAUAAGAAAGUGUCUGAGGAAAGGCUUCCAGUAUUAAAGAAAUUUUCAGAUAAAGCUCCGUCCUCUGACAAAUUGGCGACCCAUGAAGUCAAAAUGGAUUUUGAAUACAAGAGGGCAGAAGAUCCCACUAAGAUAGUGCCUCCAGAGCAAAGAAUUAAAGGUUUUCGCUAUGGCCCACAAGUUGUUCCAAUUUCAUCUACUGAGUUGGAACUUCUUAAAUUUAAACCUGAGAAGGGAGUCAAGCUUUUAGGGUUUACAAAUUCCUCCAACAUCAAGAGGCACUACUAUAUGAAGGAGGUAUAUGUUUUCAUUCCUGAACCGGGGAACAGGAAGGCCAUGCUUGCUGUCUCAGCUUUGGCGAGAGCAAUGGAAGAAACAAAGAGGGUUGCGAUUUUGCGGUGUGUAUGGAAACAAGGACAGGCAAAUGUUGUUAUUGGAGUUCUAACCCCCAACAUUUCAGCCUCUCCAAACUUACCAGAUUCAUUCUACUUCAACAUCCUUCCUUUUGUGGAGGAUGUCCGUGAAUUCCGAUUUCCAUCCUUCAGUAACUUGCCUCCAUCCAAGCAGCCAAAUGAAAAACAGCAGGAAGCUGCUGACAAUUUGGUCAGGAUGCUCGAUCUUGCACCGCCCACAAAGGAGGAGAAGCUGUGUCCAGAUCUUACGCUGAAUCCUACCCUCAUGAGGUUUUACAAUUUUCUUGAGCUAAAAUCAAGGCAACCAGAUGCAGAUGUGCCUUCAAUGGACCAAUCUCUCAAACAAAUAGUUGAGCCUGAUUCCUGUUUUAUUUCCAAGAACAACUCUGUUGUUGCUGAUUUUGUGAAGCAGUUCGAGUUGAAGGAUAACCCAAAGAUAAAGAAGAGCUCCAAACGCCUUUUCAAGGAUAAACCAUCAACAUCAAAUGAAGAUAUUAGGCAAGAUGAGGAUAAUGUAUCAGAUGUUCAGAGUGUCAUUUCCUUUGAAAAUUCAUCUAUGGGAAAGAUUGUGAAAAUUGGCAAUGCAACACCUGUACAAGAUUUUCAAGCAAUGUUGUCAAGGAGAGAUGGACAAGAAUGUGUCACAGAUGCAAUUGAAGGGAUGAAGAAGGUUAUUACUGGCUUUAUUGAGAACGGCCUUAAUUCUGAUACUUGCCAGAAGGCAAUAGAAUGUUUAGUUGCCCUUCGGUCUGGCUGUGUUAUUGAGCAGGAACCAAAUGAGUUCAACCAUUUUAUGCAUCAUCUUGCCGGCAGGUUCAGAGGUGAAAGCUUCAACUGUUUCUGGGAGCUUCUUGUUUUGAAGAACAUCAGUUUGAUAACCAAAAGAGAAGCGAUAGACAGCGAGGUACCAGAUGAUAAGGCACACGCGUUCCUAAUUAAAGAUGAGGCCGUAUCUUAGUUGGGCAGGACUGGGACGAAGAAGAAGGGUUUUGUUGUGUUGAAGUUGCACCAUGCUUGUAAUAUGCUGUAAAUUGCUCGACAAUGUCAGGUUGUCCUGCAAGACCCUCAUGGUUCGGAUCUUUAAUUUUCUUAUCAUCUUUGGUUGUCUUCAAUUUUAAGCAGCCACAUUAUCUUGACGCGCUGAUCAACAUUGACGAUUGUUUAUCCACUACAAAAAUAGGCUCACCAGGAGAGGGGACCAGAAAUCCUUGCCGCGGUUCUAGGAUCCUUGCAGGUUUACUGAUUGUGAUGACUCUUGUAAUGGGAUCUUCCUGCCCGUCAACAAGUUAAAAAACUAAGUUAAUGUUAAA